AGAUAUUGAGUUGCAAGCUGAGAUCUGCUCGAUUGAACAGCCAGACAUCCUACUCUACUUUCUCCGUUCACUACUUGUAUCAGGGCAACGAUCAAGAUGCCUUCCGCGACGUUCCCGCCGCAAAUUACAAAAUACUACGAGCUGAGAGAAACCAUUGGAAGCGGUGAGUAGAUUUAUUGUUGAAUCUUACUAUUUAUAUUUAGCAUGAGUUGAUUUAAGCUUUAGCUUACUUGCAAUCAACAUUUAAUUUGCGGUGUUCUGGCAACUGUGAACACUGAAAACGCGCUGAGGUAAUCGUAUUUCGAGAUGUGUUUUUCAAAUCGAAACGAAAAAAAUUUGGACUGUAUAUUUGGCACAAAAAGUUGCACAAAUAUGUCGCAGUGGUAUUGAACAGUCUUUUGAAGUUGCUGUGGUUUUUCGGCUUAAAACCCCUAAUAUCGUUCUCUUCUGAUAUUUUCAAUCAUGCCCCUGAUGCACGAUCACAUUGACUGAGUUUUACUAUUAUUACUCCGAAUGAAUCUCCCAAAAAGCAAGUUUAAUAGAAAUGUCUUAAGGUUAUCGAAAUUUGAACUUUUUGUUAUUGCAUUUCAUUUUUCCGUAAACCAAUACCGUGACCAACCGUCCCCGGUUAUAAGCAUAGCGAAAAGCAAAAACAAGCUGAGCUAAUAUCCUCAAAGUCUCAAAAAUACUUGUCGUCUUUUGCUUUCCCACUCAAAUUCAAUGACUCUAUCAAACAGCUGCACACGCAGAAAGUUCUAUUCCAGCCACGAUAGUUGUACAUUUGAUCUGUUCGAGAACCAUUGAAAUUGAUUGUGUUCAUGUAAUGACGUGAAUGUAGAAGUACACUGUACUUCCUAAGAUCAGGCCUGCAUAAUUAACAAAUGAAAAUAUUUUGUAAAUAUCGUGUUUCAUGUUGAAAAGGAGAACAAAACCACCGACAGCGGGAAUGUGAAAAGCAAAGAACUGUAUUUGUUUUGAUAUGGCAAACGUUAUCUUUAACACAACAAAUGCUCGACUUGUUGAAAUUGAAUUCUCUUUUGGAAAUUGACAAAACUUCCUGCUUUGACAAUACUUACUCAGAAAGCUGCGUGCACGGAUGGAUAAGUUUUCAAAUCACCCGGUACACCCGGUUGUAAUAUGACCUUAGGUUUCUAGUAACCUGUUACAGCUGCUCGGGUAUAAAAGUUAUGGAAAAUAAUUAGAAAAAAUAAGAAAAAAUAGCCAGGAAGGCACUCUCUAUCUAUUGUAUUGCUAGAUUGUUAUUUAUUAUUUUAUUCAUGAAAGCAAUAUCAGAUUUGUCCUUGUGGCAGGAAAAUCUCUUACAAUUUCGCGAUUUUAGGAAAUGUUGUCACAAAGAGGGCUGAGAAUUGUCAUUUUUGGCAUUUCUAAUACAGUAAAAAUCUGCAUAUAAUAGCCUAGAGUUUUCAAGGUCAGGCUGGUCAGGUUCUAAUAUUUUGGGGUAAGUUUUUCAAAAUUCGGGCUGAUUAGGUUCUUAAUAGGUUCUUAUUUUUCAGAGGUUGUCGUAGUGAAACCAUUGGUAGAAAUAUUGUACUACUACUACUACUACUACUACUACUACUACUACUACUACUACUUCUACAUAAUGGUUUAUGAAAAACAUGUUUCUAGUGAAAAUCCAAACAAAUGUAAAUUUAAAAAAAUGGGCACAAUACCUUUUUGUCAGAAGUUUCUCACACAAUGUUAAAAUCCAGAAUUUUGACAUCCAAAUUAGGGUGAUUUUUUUUGGAUGAGAACCUAUUUUUGUUUGCCAGGCUGAACAGGUUUUUAUAUUUUUGGGUAUUUAAAUGUCAAAUUUCAGCCUGUAGGUUCUUAUAUGUUUUUUUUUACUGUAUUAACCAAGUUUCAUUGAGUGCUCCCAAAAAUCCGUGUUUUGGGGUUUUAUAAUUUUGUUUAGCUGAUUUUCUUUCGGGGAUAGACAAUCUUUAUCCAGCAUGAAAAAGUGACUGAUUUACUAUAUACAAUGUAGGGAUCAAGAAUAGAUCAGAAGGGGAAAUUUUAAGGAGGAUUGUAUCUUAUAGACGGGGUCGUGCCAUAAAAGAGUUUAAGUUUAGAAGUACAUUUAACUAAAAUAAUGUACAUGUAUUGUGGGGGGGGGGUAUCAAAAUACAUUAAGUAAAGUUUCUGGUGGUCAAUGAAUGUGCCUAACCCUUUCUACAGCAGUUAACUACAUAAUCAAGUCUAUUAAAUUAAACUGUAUUCUGUGCAGUGCAUUAUACAAUGGUGUGUAUGUUGAUCAUAAUAUGAAUGCAAAGCACGAGAUUAUUAUUGAAAAAGACAUCCUGUAAGGUCAACAUGGUUUACACUGUAUUGACAUCAUGCCAAAAGAUGUUAAUAAUAAUCCAAAUGCAUGCUUAUAAAGCAAACAUUUAUGUUUAAAAUCUGCUCCCAGUUGUGAAAACUACAUGUACAUUGUAUGGUUAGUGCUAUCCACCGGUCCAUGGGUUAGAGACUAACUUAUCCACUUGAUAGUGUUAUCCAU